CAACCUAAUACAUAUAUUAUAUGUAUACCACUUUUGAUGUGUGAAUCUGUACAUAGGGCAAUACGAAAGCCAUGGACCUGAAUGGAGACAAGUCAUUGUCGUCGUCUUCACCCUGUUAUCGAUGGAAACAUGACGUGUUCUUAAAUUUCAGAGGUGUAGACACUCGUAAGAACUUUGUAUCGCAUCUCUAUGCUGCACUCAUCGGACAAAGAAUCAAAGUUUUUAAGGAUGAGAAGACCAUCCGAAUUGGAAGAAACAUUUUCUUAUCUAUUUCAAAAGCCAUAGAGGAAUCGAGAAUCUCGGUUGUCGUUUUAUCCCAAAACUACGGAGAGUCAGUUAACUGCUUAACGGAACUCGAGAAAAUUUUUGAGUGCAAACGGUCAAUGGGCCGGUACGUUAUUCCGGUGUUCUAUCAUGUUCAACCUUCGGAGGUAAAGCACCAAAGUGGUUGCUUCGGGGAUGGAUUUGCAAUUCAUGGAAAUCAUAUGAAGCUAUCAAUAUGGAGAAAUGCCCUCAUUCAGGCUACAAAUAUUGCCGGAAUAGAAGUACACGGGAAUGAAUCAGAUUGCAUAGAAAGAAUUGUUGAAACUGUUAUGAGAGAGUUGGGUCCAAGAAGGUUCCCUCUCCGCUCAUUGUUACCAAAAGCAUCGGCGUAUUGGUGUUCAUUAAACUUUCUUAUGGCCAAUCGGCACACUUGGGUUCCACAAGCUGAUACCGCAGGAAACGUAUCUACUAAUCAUAAAAAGAAACGUAAUAAAGAAACUACCGAAGUUUAUGAUCCAUUAAACAAAAGCGUUCAUAUCGGAAGCUUGAAUAAAGACGUUGUUGUCAUAAGAGAAAUUAAUCCGGAAUCCGAAUCAAGUUUUUUGGAAGAACUGUUUGUACGUUCAAGAAUGAAGCAUGCAAAUGUGGCUAAGCUCUUUGGUUAUUGUAUAAGAGACAAUCGUCGUUUCUUGGUUGAAGAACAUUGGACACAGGGAACGCUACACCAAAUUUUGCAUGAUGAUGCAGGAAAUUCUGUGAUUAGUUGGACACAAAGGGUAACAAUUGCAUAUGACGUGGCAAAGGGAUUAGAGUAUUUGCAUUAUCAAAACCUAUUUGCGCACAUUGAUUCCAGCAACGUGCUUUUGUUUGAUAACUUUAAUGCAAAGAUUUCAACCGGUUCAUCAGCAAGUGAAAGUUAUUGGGCUCCAGAAUAUAAGGGAAGAGAGCUCACAAUGAAAGGGAACGUGUAUAGCUUUGGGGUUCUUUUAUUUGAGCUUCUUACUGGAAACAAGCCAUCCAAAGGAAUCGUCAACUCAGUCUUGCCAGCUGGAAAAAUAGACAACAUUGGAUCAUUAGUGGACCUAAAGCUUAAUGGAAAAUAUACGUCACGGGAAGCUAAAAAGUUGGCAUUCACAAUGUUAUUGGCUACAAUGGAUCAACCGAGUGAUCGGCCAGACAUGAACACUAUUGUUGAGUACUUUAAGAAGUUAUUAGCAGUAUAGUAAGCUAAUUCAUCUUCAUUAUCAGAUCAAAUGAACAGACACUAAGCAAACUGAUUGAAAUUAGCUCCCAUAGAAGAAGGAAGUUGUAAAUCGUUGAUUCUUGUGUUGUACAUCUUUUAAUGGGAAG